CUCCCUUGAUAUUCCUUCUAGGGCCUGAGAACUUCCCUGUCCUAACCUCCAUGGUGAUGUCUUCGACCGACCUUCAUGGCAGAACUCUCCUCGACUUUAUUCCAUACGGAGCUGAAUCCUCACAUAACCUCAGCCUCGAUCUCUUUCUCAUCACACUAAUCUUCGCUGCGGCCUUUGCCCUCUUUCUACAUCCAGGCGGUCUUGCCUGGUCCCUCUCUAGGCCUAGAGGCCGGGCCCAUCACCAUCAUCAGCCUGCCAUUCCCGGCCCCUCAGGUUUGCCACUCAUCGGCCUGGUCCCGGCCUUCACUGGCCCCCUAACCCACCGGGUACUUGACAGGCUCUCCCGGGCCCUCCGGGCCAGGAAGCUGAUGGCAUUCUCAGUGGGGUUCAACCGGUUUAUCAUCUCUAGUGACCCCGAGACUGCCAGGGAGAUGCUCAACAGCUCAGCCUUUGCCAACCGGCCCGUGAAGGAGUCAGCAUACGAGCUCCUCUUCCACAGGGCCAUGGGGUUCGCCCCGUUCGGCGAGUACUGGAGGAACCUGAGGAGGAUCUCGGCCACCCACCUCUUCUCCCCAAAGAUGAUAGCCUCAUUCGGGGGGUUCCGGCGCGAGAUAGGGCUCAAAAUGGUGGAAUACAUUAGGGCACAAAAUGGGAAGACCGGUGAGGUUGAGGUAAGGAAGAUUUUGCACUUCAGCUCGCUAAACAACGUGACGAUGAGCGUUUUUGGUAAGUCCUACGACUUCACCGAUGGAAAUCAAGAGGGGAAGGAGCUUGAGGGUUUGGUGAGUGAAGGCUAUGAGUUGCUUGGGAUGUUCAACUGGAGUGACCAUUUCCCUCUCUUGGCUUGGUUUGAUAUUCAAGGAGUGAGGAAGAGGUGCAGAAAGCUGGUGGACAAGGUGGAUGCGUUUGUCCACAACAUCAUUGAAGAGCAUAGGACUCGAAGGAAUAAUAGUAAGAAUGUUAAAAAUGGUGAUAAAUUAGAGGGUGAUUUUGUGGAUGUUUUGCUCGAUUUGGAAGGGGAGAACAAGCUUAGUGACUCUGACAUGGUUGCAGUGUUAUGGGAAAUGAUCUUUCGAGGAACUGAUACCGUGGCCAUCCUCUUGGAAUGGAUCAUCGCUAGGAUGAUUCUACACCCUGAUAUUCAGGCAAGGGUACAGGCUGAAAUCGACUCGAUCGUUGGACACGUGGGACGGUCCAUGUCAGACUCUGACCUCCCGAACCUGCCCUAUCUUCGGGCUAUCGUGAAGGAGACUCUGAGAAUCCACCCACCAGGCCCCCUCCUGUCAUGGGCGAGGCUCGCAGUUCACGAUACCCAUGUGGGCAGCCACUUUAUCCCCGCUGGGACCACGGCCAUGGUUAACAUGUGGGCCAUAACUCACGAUGAGGGGAUUUGGUCUGACCCUGGGCAGUUCAGGCCUGAGAGGUUCAUCAAGGAGGAUCUGCCCAUAAUGGGCUCUGAUCUGCGAUUGGCUCCAUUCGGGUCCGGACGGAGGGUGUGCCCAGGGAAGGCCAUGGGCAUGGCCACUGUAGAGCUUUGGCUGGCUCAGCUUCUUCAGAGCUUCAAUUGGGUCGGAACUGAGGCUGGGAUCAAUCUCUCCGAGCAGUUGAAGCUUUCCAUGGAGAUGAAGCAGUCCUUGGUUUGCCAAGCCAUGCCAAGGGUUGCUAGCAAAUAGCAAGUUCUCUAUCGUCACCCCUUUAGGUCCUGAAAACUCGAUAGUCGAGAUUCACCCAGUCUAAAGAGGUCGAACCUGGGGGAGUUAUAUGUUUGCAUUAUCCAUAAGUUUGUGGCCUUUCUAUUUUUCUUGCUUAUCUUCGGAAUGGUCCCUUCCAUAUGAUUUUGGUAAAAGUUUCCUUAUGGUGAUGUGAUCUUGAUAUAGGUGCAUAUAUAUAUAUAUAUAUAUAUAGGAGUGAACUUUGCUAGAACUGUCUUUCCCUAAAUGAGAAAUAUUAUGAAGAAAG